CGUGAUCUGUUGCCGCAUCACUCAUCAUGUGACCGAGUGUUCCAUCCAUUGUUGAUGUCAAAUUCGGGAAUCACUGGAUGGUGUUGACUGGACUCUUGCUGCCCAAGCUGUCUUUGAAACCUAGUAGUCCUCCAAACAACACGGCGUGAAUGAUGGCUGGCUACCUCAUAAGAAAUUUUACUACCGAUUGCCCGAACGGAUCGCUAUUUGUUUGGAAAAUUUUGCAAGAGUGCACGCAAGACGGCUGGGACACGGCCAGUAUUACUCUGGGAUUAUUCUCUGUCCUCUGUUUCAUGGUGUCUGCUUUCCCGCAGUGUUACAGUUCUGUUCGGAAUGGAAAUAUGGAUCAAGCAGUGUCAAUCUGGUUCCUGUUGGGUUGGCUGGCAGGUGACUCAUGCAAUUUUCUUGGUGCUUUCCUGGCUCAGCAAUUGCCAAUACAGACUUACACCGCUGUGUAUUAUGUCAUAGUGGAUGUGAUAAUGGUCUCACUGUAUGCUUAUUACAAUUGGAAGAAUAGGUCCAGACAAUAUGGAACUGCAAUCAACACUCUUGUUGCAUUUGUGAUGCUUGGAGCCACUGUCUCCUUGCUACCAGGGAAAGACUUUGGGUCUCCGAUUCAAGAAAGGCCGGGGCUCACUAGCCGUUCUCUAUUGGCUGUUUCUGAUUUAUCUGCUAACCAGGUAUUUACUACUCAAGAAAUCAUCGGAUUUACAAUUGGUUCCUUUUCGUCUGUAUUUUACCUCGCAUCUAGAUUACCUCAGCUGUGCAGAACCAUGAAAAGGAAGUCCACAGAAGGCAUUUCCCCCUUCCUCUUUGCUCUGAUGAUUAUAGGGAAUCUUGCAUACGGCCUGAGUGUGCUGCUGAAAGCCCCAAAAAGAGGGCAAAGUGAGAGCAACUAUGUGGUGCAUCAUCUUCCCUGGUUGAUUGGCAGCUUGGGAACUAUGGGACUUGACCUUAUGAUUUUGUUUCAGUUUUUCAUAUAUCAAGGGCAGAACUCCGAUGAAAGAAAGCCAUUAAUUAUUGCAAAUGGGCACAGAACUCUUUACCAGUGAGGCAGAAUGAGAUGAAAAUGAUGAACUCCACAGUAAAUUAAACCAGUCUCGUGGGAAAACCUGGUUUAUUUUAGAAAACUCUUUUUUGAAGCAAUAAAUUGGCAAAUACUCAAUGUAAAAUCAUCAGAGAAACCUCAAACACAAAAACUUGUCUCACAAUUUUCCUUGUAUGUCAUCAUGUUGCCACUGACUGAAGAUAAAUGUUCGGCACACGAUACUGCUACCACUGGAAAUCAAUCAACACGUGAAGCCACUGACAGAAAUAUAAGGACCCAGUGGGUGUAAAGCGCACCUAAUAGCUCCACUUCAAUUCUUCAUUCAGGACUGGUGCUUUCAUAUUGGCUUGUCCACUCAGCUGCCCCAAGUGAUUUGUCACUUCUAUCCAGGUGUAAGGAAUGCCAUUAUUGAUCCAUUGGAGUUUGGUACUUAACCUGCUUUCAUGUUGAUAUCAAUCAGUAAGGUGGACCAGUGGCGCUUUCAAGGAGCUGGAAGUGUCAAAGUCAAAUCCCAUUUUGAAUGUCGUGGUCGAGGGGCUGUGACAUUCAGAAACGAAGAACCAUUAAUACCUGUUACAACCCAGUAAAACCAUAGCUACUCAGGGUGGCUGAUGUAACUACCCGCACAGGAUUGUUAUUCUUAACUAUACGGUGAUAUUUUUGUUCAAUUUGGUUUACAUUUAGAUGGUUAUUACAACAAGAAUGCUAAACAUAAAAGGCCAGUACAUACAAAAAAGCUGUUUAAAUCUGGGAGGGUAUAGCUCACUGAUAAUUGUAUUGUCUAGUACCAGUAACUCCAGUGGAAAGAGUGCCUGCAGAUGUUGGGUGAGGGCAUACUCAGGCUAGGCUGUGAUCCUUUCCACAGUUGCUGUCUAGGUUCAUGGAUGGGAAAUGGCCACUUGGGCAGGAACCCGUAUCCCAGCAGUGAGUCGAUGCGUAUGGAGGGGGAACCUGAAUGAUUGACAUUUAAUUUUUAGUCUCCACUAGAACCAGAAUCAGAGGUGGGCCGGCGAGUGUGCAGAUCCUCUGGCUCUAUCCCACCCUCAAGCCAUUUACAGAGGCGGAAUUUGGUGGUGGGGGUGUUCAGCAGGACAGCCCUGUGGUGGAAAACGAUCCACUUGUUAAUGAGUUACUUGAGGCCAGAUAAAGAAGGCCAAUGGGGGACUUUCCAGUCAGCCUUUGGAUUUCUGCAGGCAGCCGGAGCCGGUUUAGUGCCAUAGACAGCCUGAGGCCCUGUCAGCCUGGGCGCAGGAUUAGCUGCAGACCACCCGUAGAGGCCACCCCAAGCCCCCACCCCCACCUGCCGAACUGACUCGACAGUAGUCACCUGGCUAAUUUUUAAUUUAAACUGAGUUGGAGAGAGAGCGGCUCUGUUUUGAAGCGCUAUCUCCCUUACUUAGCUUCAACCUUGGACAGCGAGCCUGCCCCCUGGCUAGUAAUUGGACGCACUGGGAGAAAUCACCACAAGUGACUGUUUCCCACAAGGUGCAAGCUUUUCAACUUCGGUUGAACCCGAGGGCAGGCUCAGAAACCCACUGGGAAAAUCCAGCCCUCAGCCUCUGUGCAGGUUAUCAGUGAAUAUAAAUUCCAGUUUAAAAAUGCACAAUGCGAAUUGGAACUGAAAUAUAUUCCCAUGUCAUGUAUGACAUUUAGGAUGAAAUCACUGAGGUCUUAUUCUGAAAUUUGUGGGAUACGGUUAUAAAAUUUGUUUUUAAAAGGAAAAUAAUUAACUAGGCUGGAAUUUGAUUUCAAUCAUCAGGAUCUCUUCAUGGGGCAUGAGAGAUUUUCACCUCUCAUAGGGUUAGGGAGCAGCAAAACCUAACUAUGCCAAAGAGUUUGGAUUUUCAGUGUGUUAGUGAUGUGAUCAGCAUUCCUGCUCCUCAUCAGCUGCAAAUACUCUUUCCUAAAUGCAUUUCCUCCUCCUCCAUAUGUUCCCCUGUGAAGAAAUUUAGAUUUGUGGAAUCAUGUACUCAAGAUACUUUUUCUUUAGUUUUUGAGGAAGAACAUGGAACUCAUCACCUCCUUUCAUUUUCCUUUCCUCCCUAUAUUUAGACAAGCUUCUCAAAACCCAAGCUUGGUUCAGCCUCUCUUUAGCUUUUCUCUCCUGACCUUUGGAAUGUUCACUGCUGUCUUCAUCCUGGGACUUGACCUUUCAUCUUGUUUUUUUAAAGUUAAAAACAAUGAUUUUUACAUCCUGUGACUUUCCACAGUAUUAUCUAAAACAAAAAAUCAAAUAUUAAUAAUUGUGUGUAAUGGAUGUAGGUUUGUCCUGAACUGACUAUUGAUAACUUUGCACUUUACAUAAACUAAUUGAUGUGUAGAAGUUUACUCAGGUACUUUCCAUUCUAUCCAAGGGUGCAACAAGAACAUUUUUUAUUUCAAAUUGCACAUUUUUUUAAAAAAUCGGUCUUCACAUUUCUAACCGCUUUUGGAAUUCUUUGCCAAUAAUUUGUGCAUUUUUAACAAGUCAUGCCAUUUUCCUACCUGGGUUAGUUUUGCAGACAGCUCCACCGUCUCAUUCCUGAGCAACUUGACAGAAACUUACUUUGACAGCCGGUUGAUAUUUUUGCUGGCAGCAGAUGUCCUCCCACAAGUUUAUUGAAAUUAUUUUAGAAAUGCAACUGAUUUACACUGAGAUUGAGCCCAUCUUUUAACCAGAAGAACACACCCUCGCUACUGCUCCCCGCCCCCCCCCCCCAUCCCAGGGAAGUGAGGGAACCUGUCCCAACCAAACAAAUUCCUCAGACCUUUUGAAAAUACUAAAUUUAUUUAAAAUGUUCAAUUCGCAGUUGGCCUGAGUAAUUUUCAAUCCUUGCCUAGCCAAAUCUUAUCAAUCUCAGGUUUGUCAUUUCAAUAGUCCUCAUUUAUUCAAUUGGCCUUAACAGCUCUUUGGGGGAAGAAAGUUCCAGAUUUUCACUGUAAUGUAAUUACUUCGAUGUAAGAACUCUCCCUCUCCCGAGUUGUUUUGCAAAUGGAGGCAAGGAAAACAUUUGUUGACCUAUUUGGGGGAGCUCCAAACUAAAAUCUUGCCAGAGAUAAACUGUUAUAUGUAACCCCUAAUAUGAAGUGUUACAGCCCAAAGGGAUUUUUUUUUCUUUUUAGGGACUUAAACUGAUAUCCCAGUGUCUCACUUUUAGAGCGCUGGUUUGUGAAGGAGUGCACUAAUGUUUGACUUACCACAAUCUGUGAGUAGAUUCUGGUCCGGAAGGCCUUGCACAAUGCAAAGGAAAGUAGAAAAUGAUGGAAAUGCACAGCAGGUCUGUCAGCAUAUGGAACACGGAAGGGCAGUUCAUGGUCUUGAAGAAACUCUUAAAAAGGAUUCCCACCUUGGAUGUGAACCUCUAUUAGAUGGUGACUGGUCUCCUUUGUGUUUUCAGCACAGUGUUGAAAGUGAGCGGAGGUACAUUAAACUGUAUGAUUAAGCACAUUUCCUUUUAAUAGCUGAUCUUUCUCUGUUUAUUCAAAUUAACUGGUCUGUCUUGGGCAUCCGGUAUUAGGAGGGAAUUUUAUUUUUGUAAAUAGUGAUGUGACAAUUUCUAAAUCACCAACUUAAAGGGUAACUGUUUCAUGAGUUCAUUACAUUUUGAUUGUACUACAUUGUAUUUCCUAAUAUACUGGCUGGAAACCGUGAUGGAACAGGUUUUCUUUUAAUGUUUUUUUUCUAUAAUUGAAUAAAUUCUUGGCAUAUUGAACUGGUUGUGUUUCUUGUGACUGUAAUCUUAAAUAUUAUUUUAAUGAUGUAAGUGCUUGUUUUGUAUUCCACAUAUACCAAGGAAGCUGUUUGAGUUGUGUUCCUCAUCUUCCUGCUUUUUUAUACUUGAUUUUGUCCUUUUCUGAAUGUAGUUUUUUUUUAAAUGGGGUUGACAACACCUGAACAAUUUGAGAUAAAAUAUAUUUGCUUUCAUAAAAUUCUGUUUAAUUAGCAAAACAAUUUUUGAAGCAAACAAAAUAUUUAAAUGCUUCCAAUUGCCUAAUGCUUAAAUUUUGAGCUGUAUUAUUGAUCUUGUUAGCUUUUGAUAGAAUCAUACAGCAAAGUAGAAGGCUAUUCAGCCUAUCGUGAUUGUGCUGGCUCUUUGAAGGACCUAUCCAAUUAUCCUCACUCUCUUGCUCUUCCCCUAUAAUUUUGCAAUGUUUUCCUUUUCCAAUUCUCUUUUGAAAGUUGCUAUUAAAUCUGUUUUCACUGCACUUUUCAAUGUAUUCCAGAUCAUCAUAACUUGCCCAGUAUUAGAAAUUCCCUUCAUCUCCCAUCUAGAUCUUUUGUUAAUUAUCAUAGAUCUGUAUUUUCUGCUUAGUGACUCUCCUGAUAGGGUGAAACUGUUUCCUCCAUCAAAACCCUUCUUUGAACACUCCUAAAUCUCCCUUUAACCUUCUCCAUUCAAAGAACAGCCCCAGCUUCUCAAGUCUCUCCAAAUAACUGAAGUCCUGCUUCCUCUGCACCUUCUCCAAGACCUUGACAUGUCGUCUUAAGUGCGGUGCCCUGAAUUGGACACAGUACUUCAGCAAAGCCCUAAUUGGUGAUUUGUAACAGUUUACCAUAAUUUCCUUGCUGUUUUACUCAUGUGUCUUUUUUUACAAAGCCAGUGAUCUCAUUUGCUUUAUUGAUGGCCUGUUUUUCUGCUGAAGAACGUGCUCAGCUUAGUGAAGGUGCAACCUAGGUCAAUGUUGCCUGUCAGCACAGUGAGAAAGGGAAGCCUUUUCGGCACAAACUGUGGCUGAUUUUCGGCUAAAUUCAGGAGGUUACUUGUCAAUUCUUGGCAGAGAUCAAUAAUAUAUUUCCAGUAAAAUGCUUUUUAUUGCAAUUGAAUUUAUUGUAUUUUUCUCUACUUGUAAAACCUGUACAUACAUGAGUUUACAAUUUUGUUUUAAACAAAUUCAUAUGUUGACAUUUGUACAAUGGACGGUUAAUUUGUUUUUGAGCAUAUAAUUAUGUUUAAAAA